GCGAGCGGGUGACGCUGGGGCGGAAGUUGUCGGAUAAACGAGCCGAGCUAACCUCUCCUCGCUUACACGUCUUUUGUAAAUGGUGUGAAUUAAUAACACGUUUUCAUUCUCCUUGUAUUCGCGUGGUAUCAGGUGGCGUUUUGCGAAUAGCCAUGUCGUCGGUGCAUGCCAAAGAUUCUACUUUUUUGGGAGGAAGGGUGCCGCCGGAAAUCGAAUCGCUGUCCAAGUAUCUGAAGGAUGUGGACCAAGAGCUGUUCAGGAGGGUGCUGAAAGCUGUGGUAAGUGCCUUAGAAGGUAAAGACUGCCGAGAGGUGAUGAGGACGAUAGCAGAGAGCAGCGCAAUCCCGGAGGAGAGGCUUGCUCAUCUUGUAGCCGGAAUGUACAGAGUACUGACUGAAGCCAUCCACACGUCAUCCCUCAAACAGGAGGGAUUCAAAGAAGAUCUCAGAGAACUGAGGAUACCCGAAGACUUCAUCACAGAUUUCACCAGUGUGGUUUUUGGAAACCGGCGUGCAGCUAUUGAGGCAGUGGCCUCCAAGCGUGACCCUCACCUACCCACAAUAGAAGACUUUAGGUGGAGAGUGGAUGUCGCUAUUUCCACCAGCUCCUUAGCAAGAGCCCUGCAGCCAUCAAUUCUGAUGCAAAUGAAGCUAUCGGAUGGAAGUUCUCAACGCUUUGAGGUGCCUGCUUCUAAAUUCCAGGAGCUUCGCUACAAUGUGGCUCUGAUCCUCAAAGAGAUGAUUGAUCUGGAGAAGAGGAGCAUCCUUAAGAUCCAAGACUGACAUGUGAUUUACGCCCUCAAUUAUAUUGAGUUGUCACCCCCCCCCCCCCCCUGCUUUUUCUCCCCAAUUGUACUUGGCCAAUUACCCCACUCUUCCGAGCCGUCCUGGUCGCUGCUCCACCCCCUCUGCCAAUCCGGGGAGGGCUGCAGACUACCACAUGCUUCCUCCGAUACACGUGGAGUCGCCAGCCGCUUCUUUUCACCUGACAGUGAGGAGUUUCACCAGGGGGACGUAGCACGUGGGAGGGUCGCAGUAUUCUCCCCAGUUCCCCCACCCUCCGAUCGACCAGUGGAGGCACUAGUGCAGCGACCAGGACACAUACCCAUAUCUAGCUUCCCACCCACAGACACGGCCAAUUGUGCCUGUAGGGACGCCCGACCAAGCCGGAGGUAACACGGGGAUUCGAACCAGCGAGAGCCCCGUGUUGGUAGGCAACGGAAUAGACCACCAUGCCACCCGGAUGCCCUGAGUUGUCCUUUUUAACAGCAACCUGGGUUUGCUUUGUUUGGAAAUCGGUGUAGUUUCUGUGAAUGGCACUACAAGUUGAACAUGACUGCUUUUUCUGUGUUAAACAUGUAAUACAAUUGCACUAGGAUUGAAUAGUUGGUAAUAACUCCCUCGGGAAAUUGGAAAGCAGAGAAGCAAGAUUUGAACCUGUGGUGGCUUCAAGAUGUGCGUCCUGAGAACGAUGUUCAGAUUACAAAUGGGAGAAGGUCCUGUGUAUCCAUAGAUUUUUUUCCCAAGGUUUUACAUCAGUUAAGGAUGAUCCUUUAGUAGUGAUAGUAAAUCAAAAACCAGAGGAUGCUUCAGGUUCCCCUGAAAACAGUCCCGACUCCUGGGUACUCUGAAAGUCUUUAAUUCACGUGAAGCAAACUCUGGCAUUGUGCAUCUGGCAAUGGCAAAGAGACAUCCAUACAUACACACACACAGAUCAGCCAAACCAUUAAAACCACUGACAGGUAAGUGAAUAAAAGUGAUUGUCUCAUUUCAGGGGCACCUGUCAAGGAGUGGGAUAUAUCAGGCAGCAAGUGAACAGUCAGUCGUGGAAGUUGGUGUGUUGGGAACAGGAAAAAUGGGCAAGCGUAAGGAUCUGAGCUACUUUGACAACGGCCAAAUUGUGAUGACUAGACGACUGGGUCAGAGCAUCUCCAAAACAAAAGGUCUUGUGGGGUGUUCCCGGUAUGCAGUGGUCAGUACCUACCAAAAGUGGCCCAAGGAAGGACAUCCGGUGAAUUGGCGACAGGGUCAUGGGCACCCAAGGCUCAAUGAUAAGCGUGGGGAGUGAAGGCUAGCUCGUCUGGUCCGAUCUCACAGAAGAGCUACUGUAGCUCAAAUUGUAGAAAAAGUUCAUGCUGGCUAUGAUAGACAGGUGUCAGAACACACAGUGCAUCACAGCUUGCUGUGUAUGGGGCUGCGUAGCCACAGACCAGUCGGAGUGCCCAUGAUGACCCCUGUCCACUGCCAAAAGCACCUACAAUGGGCAUGUGGGCUAAGAACUGGGGUAUUGAGCAAUGGAAGCAGGUGGCCUGGUCUGAUGAAUCAUCUUUUCUUUUACAUCAUGUGGACGGCCGCGUGUGUGUGCGUCAUUUACCUGGGGUAGAGGUGGCACCAGGAUGCACUAUGGGAAGGAGGUAAGCUGGUGGAGGCAGUGUGAUGCUCUGGGCAAUGUUCUGCUGGGAAAGCCUGGGUCCUGGCAUUCAUGUGGAUGCUACUUUGACAUGUACCACCUACCUAAACAUCAUUGCAGACCAGGCACACCCCUUCAUGGUAACGGUAUUCCCUGAUGGCAGGGGCCUCUUCCAGCAGGAUAAUGUUCCCUGUCACACUGUAAACAUUGUUCAGGAAUGGUUUGAGGAACAUGACAAAGAGGUCAAGGUGUGGCCUUGGCCUCCAAAUUCCCCAGAUCUUAAUCUGAUCGAACAUCUGUGGGAUGUGCUGGAAAAACAAGUCCGAUCCAUGAGGGCCCACCUCACAACUUACAGGACUUAAAGGAUCUGCUGCUAAAGUCUUGGUGCCAGAUACCAGAGGACACCUUCAGAGGUCUUGAGGAGUCCAUGCCUCGACAGGUCAGAGCUGUUUUGGUGGCACGAGGGGGACCUACACAAUAUUAGGCAGGUGGUUUUGAUGCGUUGGCUGAUCGGUGUACGUACAGUACAUUCAACCCCACUUUUAGAGAUUUCCAUCGAAACUAGGUUUUUUAAACUGUAGAUAAUGUAUUCACAUCAGUACUGUUGGUCUGUAAUUUCUUUAUCAAAGGCUCUUGUAGUCAAACAGCAGGGUGUAAAAUGGUACAAAUUGAUAAAUUUGUGAUACUAAAUAAAUACAGAGAAAU